ACCGUUUAUUACGGUUUCUCUUUUGGUCAAUAAAACCACUAUAACAACCAAAGCCCUGAUCGAUUCGGGUGCGGCAGACAACCUUAUGGAUGAGACCUUUGCCAAAACCGCAGCCCUGAAUUUGAUCCGAAAGGAUACACCCUUGGCCGUUGAGGCCAUAGAUGGUAGACCACUGGAGAAACCUCUGGUGACCCAUGAAACCCAGGAAAUAGUUAUGUCUGUGGGUGUUUUGCACAAGGAGAAGUUAACCUUCCAAAUAAUUGACUCCCCUACAGCCUCCAUCGUUCUGGGUUUUCCUGGUUAG